AUGGACUCAACAUACGACUACUACAGCCUGAGUAAAAUUGAUGAAGACCCUGACGACUUGUUUAAGCAAACCCACGGCCUCUUCGAGGAGGUUCAGGAGGUGAUGGAGAAUCUCACCCCAGCUCAAGCAGACGCCUACGAAAAGGACAGCGUCGAUUCUAUGGUUUCGAUGAUCUUUGGAUCGAAUUUCAUCGAAAAGGCAGGAUCUGAGCACAAUAUUACCUUGAAAAUAUGCGAGAAGAUCUUUUUUGGGCUUUCUGUGCCAUCUGAAAUCCCAGAUCGCGACCCAGAGUACCUCGCAACACGCAACCACCUCAUCCAGCAAGGACUCGAUGCGAGUUAUAGUGCUGUUAUCCGCAGUAGGAGAGAGACCAUCCAGCAUGCCAAGGCGUCAAGUGACAAGUCCUCGACAUACGCUGGCAUGUACCGUAAGGUAAUGGUAUCCGCUGGUUUCAACGGCUUUGUCUCGCCAGCGAGCAUCCCCUCAGCAAUGCGCAAUCUCGUGCAAGAUUUCAACCGUGAUAUCACCAAGGCUGAGCAGGAAGGAGCCCUCGACCCAUUCUCACUCGCUGCAAAAUACUGCCAUAAGUUCGUUAACAUCCACCCUUUCGUCGAUGGCAAUGGCCGUAUGUGCCGACUUCUCCUGAAUGCGGUCCUACUCAAAUAUGCCGGCAUCGUCAUUCCUCUUGGCGAAGAAGAACCUAGCCGCACUGCAUACCUUGAGGUUGCGACUAGGGCGUCAGAGAUGGAAAGUUUAGGAGUGGAUGACGAUGAGCAAAGUGUAAAGCCAGCAUGGUCAGGGCUGUCAUCACUGCUUAUCAAGGAAGCAUGCACUCGCUUCAAGACGUUCAGAGAAAGACUCCGCGCAGCAGCUUGA